AUGGGCUCAUCAGCAUCCAAAGCCUCUCGAGCAGCCGGCACAGCCGCAAGACAAUACCCAAACCGCGCGCCCCCAACAUCCCAACCCCCACCAUCAACCGCCCCCACAAACGCCCCUUCCCACCCUCCACCACCCGCACAAAACCGCACCCCAGGCCCAACCGUCCGCCCCCAACCCCGCGCAACAUCCACCCGCUCCGAAGAAAUCAACCUCGACGCCUCCGACCCAGACUUCGCCCGCUCACUCCGCAGCAUGGGCGCCGUGCAGCCCAACCCCACAAUGUCACAGACCUCCACCUUCCCGCACCCAAGCCAAGCGCCGGGGCCGAACGCGCGGACGAACCCCGCGAUCGCGGUGCUGGAGGCGCGCGCGAGGCUGCAGGAGGAGGCGGAGAGGGAGUUUACGGAGGCGGGCAGGAGGGGGCAUGCGGGGCGGGAGUUUUUGGAUGUGUAUACUGUGCGGCAGAUGUUGCUUUUGAGGGAUGGGAAGAGGCAGGCGCCGGGUGAGAUUGAGAAGGCGCUUGGGUUGCGAAAGGGGACGGUGGAGAGGUUGGGGCCGCCCGGGGUGGUGGGGAUUGCGCAGGAUGUGGGGAGUUGA